UGUUCGUUUUGCUGUUUCCCUUCAAAUUGAACCCAAACUGGCUUACUUCUGAUUAAAGAUCAUCUUUAGCCCUAUUGCUAAAGAAAACAAUAUGUUUACACGAAAAUAAAAGGACUAUUAGCACGAAAAAACCAAACAAAGUGAUCAAGUGUACAGGUUUAGAGCCUGCUUGAGCCAAUUCGUUUUGUCAUCUCUAAUUCAAUGUUUAUAAUUCUUGGCUUGACUUGACUGGCAUUUUUUUCAUAGAAUUUUGAAACUCCGGACGAGUAUGUGACAUUAUGCGAAGUCAUCUGCAACACAGGGCCAAGCUGAAGGUUUCUGAAGUACAAUGAAGAUCGCUAGCACCAGAAUGGAGGAAGUAGUGGACUCCGCCGCCUCUGUUGUGAUGGUGCCUAUCACCCCGCUGAGCAUAGUGCUAACUGGCGUCUCCGUCAUAUUGCGCUUCACUUCCAUCAUCAUCAACUGGAGUCUGGCCUAUGAUUAUUGGCUGGAUGGAUCGUACAGCUACACCGCCUGGACUAUUGGAUCGAUUACGCUGCCCAUGGUGAUCACAUCAAUCAUAUACACAAAUGUAUUGGCUGCCAGCAACUCGGAUCAGAGAGGCAUGUACUCCACUGUUGUGCUAUCAUAUCUCUUUCGGGACGGAUAUUCCUUACAUUAUGCCCUGGAGUACAGCAAGGCAAAAACGAAAGGCCACAAAGAGUUCGAAUUAAUAUACUAUCAACAACUGUUGCGGGAAGAAUGCGAUGUGGGUUUUAUCCGGCUCUUCGAUUCGUUUCUGGAAUCAGCUCCCCAAAAAAUACUUCAGCUUGUCAUACUGAUGCGAUCUUUAAAGAAAUUGACAAAUUAUCGCCUCUUUGCCUUCGUCGUCUAUUUUGGCAGCAUUGCCUGGUGCAUACAGGCCUAUAAUCGUUCCAAUCGCCUGGUGCAGCUCGACAAAUAUGAUAUAGCGGCCAAGGGGCGUUUUGUGCAAUUCCUUUUUCUCCUAUGUCUCACGGUUUCCCGAACUUUAUGCAUUGCCUAUAUGGCCAGUCUCUUCCCCCUGGAAACACUGGGUGUGUGCAUCCUUCAUGUAUGGUUUUGUGGCUCUGUCGUCUUUUUGUUUGACUCGCCAACGAUUGCCCAAUCUAGAGUGUUAAACUAUAUCUAUUGCCUGACCUUUGGUGUUGUGUAUAUAUUUAUUUUUACCCCUGUUAAGGAUGCGCCCACAAAGUACAAGUAUACAUCGUAUCUGACAUUUUGUCUUUUGCAAAACAUUAUCGUCUGUGUGCUAUAUAUCCCUCUGUAUUUUUCUAUUGCCAUUAUUGCCUUGUAUAUUUGUGGGAUCAUGCUCACGAUCUAUUACUAUCUGUACUGCCACCCAAGUAUUUUAUGUCUAUAGUUUACUUAAAUUCUCUUUUUGAAUUUGGCCGGGAUAAUAAAGGUGCUCCCCUACCCUACAGCUGUAUUCUGUUUAAUGAUGAGCUGGGGACAAGUGCAAAAUAAGCCUAUGUUUAAUUAUUCCUAUUGG